CACCAUGGCCGGCUAAUUUUUGUAUUUUUAGUAGAGACAGGAUUUUGCCAUCUUGGCCAGGGUGGUCUCAAACUCCUGACCUCAGGUGAUGCUCCCACUACAGCCUUCCAAAGUGCUGGGAUUACAGGCGUGAGCCACCACACCUGGCCUGGGUUUCUUUUUAAGCAAAAAAUAAAUUUAAUGACGACCACAUAAAAAAAUUUGGUAUUGGAUUACAGUUGACCCUUAACACAGGGUUGAACUGCAGGGAUCCAUUUAUACAUGAAUUUUUGUCUGCCUCUGUGACUCCUGAGACUGCAAGACCAAUCCUUCCUUCUCCUCCUCCUAUUCCUUGUCCUCUUCAGGCUACUCAGUGUGAAGAUGGUGAAGAUGAUGGCCUUUGUGGUGAUUGACUUCCACUUAGUGGAUAGUAAAUGUAGUUUGUCUUCCUUGUAAUUUUCUUAAUAAUAUUUUCUCUAACUUAUUUUAUCACAAAAAUACAGUAACAUGCAAAAUGUAUGUUAAUCAACUAUUUAAAGCAUCAGUCAACAGGAGGCUGUUAAGCUUUUGGGGAAUCAGAAGUUAUAUAUGGAUUUUCUACUAUGUGGGGGUUGGUGCCCCUAACUCCUACAUUAUUCAAAGGUGAACUGUAAUUCUUUUGACUGCACUGUUUUGUUUCUUGGGCCCUUGGAAAAAUUUGGUGUUUUGGGAGGCUGAAGUGGGUGGAUCACGAGGUCAGGAGAUUGACACCAUCCUGGUUAACACGGUGAAACCCCAUCUCUACUAAAAAUACAAAAAUUAGCCAGGCAUGGUGGUGGGCACCUGUAGUCCCAACUAUUCAGAGGCUGAGGUAGGAGAAUCCUUUGAAUCUGGGAGGCGGAGGUUGCAGCAAGCCGAGAUCACACCACUGCACUCCAGCCUGGGCGACAGAGUGAGACUCUGUCUCAAAGAAAAAAAAGAAAAAUGAAAAAAAUUGGUGUUUUUUUAUUUGUUUGUUUUAGUUUUUAAAUGAUUUUCCAAUGUAGGAUAAAUUAUUUGGGUGAAAUGGUAAGGAUGAAGACAUUGUUUCCUACACCUUAAGAAAUAAGCAGCUACAAAAAGCUAGAGCAUUGUACUGAUCUCUGAUUAAGCUGGAUCCCCAAGUGAGUGGGUAUUUUUUUAUUUAUUGUUGUGAUUAGUCUUAGGGAGAAAUGAUGACCACCAAAUUCUUCAUAACAUUUAAGGAUUGACCCAAUAAUCCUAUAUUAUGAUUACUUGCAAGAAAGUUAACUAGAAAUAGUGGAUGAUCCUUUUAAAGUAACAAUAUUAUUUUGCCAUUUAAUAUUUCUCCUUCUGUCUUAGUUGUGCUCUUCUAAAUUUUGAUACCAUUCACAUAAAACAGUGAUUAUUUAUAUCAAGGCUAUAGGAGUAUUUUCAAGGUAGUUAGUCUUCUCAACCCUCUUUAACCCUGAGGUUGAAAGUGUCAGGUAUGAUACUUGCUUUUUUUCACAAAUUCUCAAAUAGACCUGUUUCAAUAUGGCACUCAAAAGAGGUCUCUUGAAAAUUUCAUUAUACCUUUUUGGGAAGACUGGUUAUUUUUAACUUUCUAUUUAUUAUGAAAGCAUCUGAAUAUUUCAACAUUAGCUUUUAUUCCUAUGGCACUAAUAUCUUUUUCCAGCUUUGUUUUUUAGAAUGCAGAUAUAUAGAUGAAGAUGUAGAAGUGUUCUAUAGAAGAGCCAUUUACCUGCAAAUCUAUAGUGAAAAUGCUUUUUUUUUUGGAGAUGAAGUUUCGCUCUUGUUACCCAGGCUGGAGUGCAAUGGCACAAUCUCUGCUCACCACAACCUCCGCCUCCUGGGUUCAGGCAAUUCUGCUGCCUCAGCCUCCUGAAUAACUGGGAUUACAGGCAUGCGCCACCACGCCCAACUAAUUUUUUGUAUUUUUAGUAGAGACAGGGGUUCACCAUGUUGACCAGGAUGGUCUUGAUCUCUUGACCUCGUGAUCCACCUGCCUUAGCCUCCCAAAGUGCUGGGAUUACAGGCGUGAGCCACCACACCCGGCGAAAAUGCUUCUUAUGAUGCAUUUUGUUCUUCAUUUUGUCUGGACAUUGGAAGACCAAGAAAGAGCAUUAGAAAAUGGGCAGGGAGAUGGUGGCUGUUUAGGUAUGGUAUGGUAUCAGUAGUUUGCUUUGUGGUUUCAAGUUUAUAAUCUUUCAAAAUGGAAUCAUGUAUCCAUUGAGCAAUUUCAAAAGCUCCAUAGUUGACUCCAAGGCCUCUUGGGUAGGGCAUGUGAAUUUGUUUUUUCUGAAAAUGUGUCCCCUUCCUGUGUAUACCACUCAAUCUCAUUCCCUUUUUAGUCUCAUUCCUGGUGAAGACCUAGUUCUUUCCAGAGACAGUUCCACUUCAGAAGCACUUUACUUAAAAGGACUUGCCAGGCUGGACAAUGCCCAUUGACCUGGGGCAGGCCCUAGGCCUGCUGCCAUCACUGGCGAAGGCCGAGGACUCCCAGUUCUCUGGAUCAGAUGCUGCCCUUCAAGAGGAACUCUCCAGCCCUGAGACUGCACGCCAGCUUUUCAGGCAGUUCCGUUACCAAGUGAUGUCUGGGCCUCAUGAAACCUUGAAACAACUUCGGAAGCUCUGUUUCCAGUGGCUACAGCCAGAGGUUCACACCAAAGAGCAGAUCCUCGAGCUCCUCAUGUUGGAGCAGUUUCUGACCAUCCUGCCUGGGGAGAUCCAGAUGUGGGUGCGGAAACAGUGUCCAGGAAGUGGAGAAGAGGCAGUGACGCUUGUGGAGAGUUUGAAGGGGGACCCCCAGAGACUGUGGCAAUGGAUCCGUAUCCAGGUCCUAGGACAGGACAUCUUAUCAGAGAAGAUGGAAUCUCAAAGCAGCCAAAUGGGGGAAGUGGAGCCCCAUCUUGAAGUGGUGCCUCAGGAGUUGGGACUUGAGAAUUCAUCCUCAGGGCCUGGGGAGCUUCUGAGCCACAUUGUGAAAGAGGAAUCUGAUGCAGAAGCAGAAUUAGCCCUGGCUGCCUCCCAGCCUGCUGGAUUGGCGGAAAGGCUGAUCAGAGACCAGGACCUCGGAACCACACUGCUCCCAGCAGCACCUCAGUGGAGACACCUGGAUUCUACUCAAAAGGAGCAAUACUGGGAUCUCAUGCUGGAGACCUAUGGGAAAAUGGUCUCAGGAGCAGGCAUUUCCCAUUCCAAACCUGACCUGACUAAUUCAAUAGAAUAUGGGGAAGAGCUGGCAGGACUGUACCUUCAUGUCAAUGAUAAGAUCCCAAGACCCAGCUGCAUAGGAGAUAGACAAGAGAAUGACAAGGAGAACUUAAACUUGGAAAAUCACAGAGACCAGGAACUUCUGCAUGCUUCCUGUCAAGCCUCAGGAGAGGUACCUUCUCAGGUUUCCUUGAGGGGCUUCUUUAGUGAGGAUGAGCCAGGAUGCUUUGAAGAAGGAGAGAAUCUCCCUGAGGCUCUGCAAAACAUUCAGGAUGAGGGAACAGGGGAACAGCUCUCUCAAGAAAGGAUUUCUGAGAAACCACUCGGUCAGCAUUUGCCUAAUUCUCAUUCAGGAGAAGUGUCCACCAUGUGGCUUGAGGAGAAGAGAGAGACCUGCCAGAGGGGGCAGCCAAGAGCCCCCAUGGCCCAAAAGCUCCCCACCUGUAGGGAGUGUGGGAAGACCUUUUAUAGGAAUUCUCAGCUUGUUUUUCACCAAAGAACUCACACCGGAGAGACAUACUUUCAGUGCACCAUCUGCAAAAAAGCCUUUCUGCGGAGUUCAGACUUCGUGAAGCAUCAGAGAACUCACACAGGAGAGAAGCCCUGUAAAUGUGAUUACUGUGGGAAAGGCUUUAGUGACUUCUCGGGAUUGCGCCACCAUGAGAAAAUCCACACGGGAGAGAAACCCUAUAAAUGUCCCAUCUGUGAGAAAAGUUUCAUUCAAAGAUCAAACUUUAAUAGACAUCAGAGGGUUCACACAGGAGAGAAACCUUAUAAGUGUUCCCAUUGUGGGAAAAGUUUCAGCUGGAGCUCGAGUCUUGACAAACAUCAAAGAUCCCACCUAGGAAAGAAGCCCUUUCAAUAGCCAGUCACCACACUCUGUCUGCCCAUUUCCAUCUCCCAGCCCAUUAAAAAAAAAAAACACUCAGCUCCGUCAAGAAGAAUUAUGUCUCUAAGAGGAUACCCCUUGAUAGCUCCUUUUUUCAUGGAUUAGAGAGGAAAGAAUCUGGAGAUGGCUUUGGACUUGGAGGAUAUCUUGGAUUGGAUUUCACAAUGGCUUAAAUUCUCGAUUCUGCCUCAGGAGAAAGAAUACUCUUCAUGUUUCCACUCAUCCUUCCUUUGGACUUAUUGGGGAAAAAGUCUAAAUUGGAGAUCCAGUUUUAGAAGUGCUUUCUGGGAGGCAUUUAAUGGGAUUAGCUGUAGUCACUGCUUAUGGGAAGAACCUGAGAUCAGCCCCUUAAAGUGGGUUCUAGAGCAAGUCUUCUCUUCCAGAAGGAGAGAAGGGGAGACACACAGAGGAGCAGUGAGAUCACAUGUGUUCUUUGUGAUGGGGUGAAAAACUAAGUUCAAGUGUUCCUUGUUUGAUAUAAACUUAGCAGAGUCUCUUCCUAUCUU